GUCACGCAGGCCAUUUAAAAGCACGUCUACCGUAAAGCGCCAAAUACUACCGCGCAUGCGCGCUCUGUUGGCUGCGGCCGCCUGGCAGAAGCACUAGUUUACGGGAGUUUACGGUACUUUCGAUGUUGUAGUUGAGUGUAGGAGGCAUGGAGGCGAUACUGAACUGCAGAAAGGAGGAUUUGGAGGAUUAUUACGGGCUUCUCGGCUGCGAUGAACUCUCAACGACUGAACAGAUUGUCAAUGAGUUUAAAGUGAGAGCUCUGGCCUGCCACCCCGACAAACACCCAGAGAACCCCAAAGCAGUGGAGGAGUUCCAGAAGUUACAGGAGGCUAAAGAGGUUCUCACGGAUGAGAAGAAAAGAAAGAAUUACGAUCUCUGGCUCAGAAGUCAAAUUGCAAUCCCGUUCAGCGAGUGGCAAGCGCUCAGCGACUCUGUUAAAACAUCAAUGCAUUGGGCCAUGAGGAGCAAGAAAGAGCCGAUGCUUGAGGCUGCAAAAGAUCCAGAUCCAGUGAACGUGAAUGGAGCGAAACCGUCUGAACCGUCACCGCCAUCCAAUGAUUAUUGGCAUCACAGGUUUCGCUGGGCUGGUGAAGCUCCCUCAGGCCUUUUACAGAAGUUCAGGAACUAUGAAAUAUAAAAGCGUAUUUUCUGUCGUUCUAUUCUUUGCUUUUGUGAGCAAGUGCAUGCAUUCCAAACAUAGAGGAAAGCAUCAGAACUGACCAAUCAUUUACCACGUCUCCCCAUUAUGCAUAACAUUGACUUUGUCUGUUUUUGUUUGUUUUGUAGAAAGGUAAGAUAUGUUGACAUUAAAGUUCAGCAGUGAUGCUUCCUAUGCCUUAAAUGCCCAAUCAGAAUGAUUUUUAGUUGAAAUAUGAGUAAAACAUGUUUUCAAGCCUGCAGAUUUGCACUAGAAAUGAUUAUAAAGUUUAUUUUAAUAAAUAUAAUGUGUAAUUAAUAAUGCAUUUUAAAUUAAAUAAUAUAUAUAUAUGAAUAAAAAUAGCAUUCAAUUAAUAUACAUACUGUAUAAGCCAGUAGUGUCUUAAAAAUAUCACUUUUGAAUUCAUAAUUAUAUUUAUGUUCAGAAAAAGAAAUAGAAAAGUGUUUAUCAUAUGAGCUCCAUGUGCAAUCAGCAUUUUGAGGCAAAUAUGUGUGUUUGUGUCCAUUUACAUAACAAGUGUUAUAGCUGUGUGUGUGUGUGUGUUGUGCUUAAUUGUCAGUCCAUGUUGCAUAAAUAAAACAAGCUAUACUGUGGAAUAGGACAAAAAAAUGUAGAAGUCAUUAUUUUUACAUAUGGAACCAAUCCUAAAGAGAUUUAAAGGGAAAGUAUCCUCUAAAACUCUAUUAAGAUUCUACUGGACAAACUUUAAAUUUGACAACAUAACUGAAAGUUGUCAUUUGAGUGUAUCUAGUAAAAUGUUAUUUUAAAUCAAAUCACUUAGAAUAGUUUAUUCAGUAGAAUCUCAUUUGAUUCUUAUUCAAGGGCGUAGAAUUUAGUAAGGAUGCUAUGACAUGUCCCCACCAACAUCCAGCGACUACUGUAUUGUCCCGAGCAAUAAUUUAUUAAAUAUAU